AUGGGUUUCCGGCUAAGCUUCAACACUAUAUCUUUUGUUUUGAUACUAGUAUCGUUUGUCUUUUUGCUUUUAGCCACCAUCAGCUCCCCAGUGGUUACAACUUUCAACUUGGGCAAGACAGCUACCUACUCCUACGGCUUGUUUGGAUACUGCUUGGAAAACAACUCAAAAUGCUCUUCUGCGACAUACCCCAUUGACUUGGCUUCAGUAGACGACUCUUCAACCAAUUGGGUCAUGAGCUCAUCAACUAGAAACACAUUGGCCAAAAUCUUUAUUGUUACUCCCAUUGCCUUGGGCUUCAACUUUAUCACCUUAAUAAUCAUUGCGAUCUCCCACUUUAUAGGAAGAAAAGCCAUCUUGUUUGCCAUCGUUAUCAACGUUAUAUCAUUGAUAUUGACAAUAAUUAGCUGCAUUGUGACUAUAUUGGCAUUCUAUCCAAACUUGGCAUGGACAGGCUGGAUCUUGAUUGGCUCUGCUGCAGCAAAUAUUGUAUCCCUUGUAUUCUUAAUUGUCACAUUAACCGUCAUUGGCGACAAUGACUCUACAGACGAUGACAAUUCAGAUGCUGACGAUAGUGGCUUGGGCUUUGGUAGAUUAAACAAUUAUGACAAGUUGGAUGACAAAUUCAACCAUAUCCAAACCUCAACAUUCAAAAGUCCAAAUAGCACAAGCUCCAUCGAUAAUGAAUACGCUUACAAACCAUUUGGUACAACCAAUACAAAUAAUAAUGCUGCAUUUAACCCAAUUAACACAAACACAAACACAAACACAAACACAAACACAAACACAAACACCAACAAAAAUUUGGUAAACAACUCUCAAACAACCAACGCUGCUGCAACAUCACAACAAUCAGGUUACGCAAGCAACACUUAUGGAAGAGCCAACCUAUCUGGCCCUGCAGCCAUUGCUGCAGCCUCAGCCUCAGCCUCAGCCGCCUCUUUGGCCCAAAGAAAUGCAAAUGGCUCCUUUGGUGAGAGUAACUCGUCUGCAUACUUUAUGCAACCUCAAACUGUAAAUGAUUUCACCAUGCAAAGACAACAUGGAACUACUUCUGCCACUACUGGUUCACUAGUGGGAAGUAAUGUUGCCUCCUCCGUCUAUGGCAAACCAAAUGACAAUAUUCCUGCUCCAUACCCCAUAACCACACCAUUACCAAACAACAGUGAUAAUACACCAAAUGCAUUCUCAAGAAGUGUAUUUGAACAUCACCCCCAGGUCGAGGGCCAUAAACCAUUUACUGAAUUGGAUGAUGAUAAUGACAACGAUAACGAUGAUGAAGACGAUCUUGGUGGUAGAAAUAUCAUUGUUAGGACCAACAAUGACUCUGAUGAAGAUUCCGAUUUCACUAGCGUCUCACAAAGAGCACCAAACCCGCAAUAUAAUGGCUACAACUCUGGAUACGUCCAAGGAGGCUAUUACCCACAACAACAGCAGCAGCAGCAGCAACCUACUGCACAAUACUCACAUGUUCAACAAUAUCAGCCAAUUAGGCAACAAACUUUGGGUCAACCUCCAAUAGUCACUCCAGGACACCAAAACCACCUCUACUACCAACAACAGCAACAACAGCAACAUUCUUCCUUUAACACCAACAUGAAUCACACUAGUGGUAAUGGUUACUUUGCACAAAGCCAAUUGCCCCCAUCAGCAUCUUCGUCAAACAAUUUCAAUAAAAUCCCGCCAUCUCAUGCAGCUCAGCAAAGACCAACCAUUUCGGAUAAUGUCUUGAGUAAUAACCCGGAUUUUGCAUUUAGCAGAGGUGGGGUACUGCAACAAAAGAGAAGAGUACAACCCGGAUUUGUUCCUGUUGCAUCGAGGUAUAAAGGUAAUAACAGCACCAACCAAGCAAGUGCGAUGAUGGGAAGAGGCGGAGGGGCCGAUGCGCCGCAAGUUAGAAGUGGACCAUAUGGUAUUACCAGGUAA